AUGAAGAAUUUCACUGAAGUCACUGCAUUUGUGUUGAAGGGAUUCACUGACAACCCUGAGCUGCAGCUCAUCCUCUUCUUCCUGUUUCUAGCAGUUUAUCUUAUCACUCUCCUGGGAAAUUUAGGACUGAUUUUGCUGGUCAUUGGGGAUUCCCGGCUGCACAACCCAAUGUACUAUUUUCUGAGUGUCUUGUCUUCUGUGGAUGCCUGCUAUUCCUCCGUUAUUACCCCAAAUAUGUUGGUGGGUUUCUUGUCCAAGAAGAAAGUCAUUUCACUCCUCGGAUGUGCAGCACAGAUGUUUCUUGCUGUGAUGUUUGGAACCGCAGAAUGCUUUGUCCUGGCUGCAAUGGCUUAUGACCGCUAUGUGGCCAUCUACAACCCGCUGCUGUAUUCCGUGAGCAUGACGCCCAGGGUCUACGCCCCACUCAUCAUCGCUUCCUUCCUUGGGGGGAUUCUGCAUGCCACUGUGCACACGGUGGCCACUUUCAGCCUGUCCUUCUGUGGGCCGAAUGUCAUCCAACACAUCUUCUGUGACAUCCCUGCUCUGCUCGCGAUUUCUUGCUCUGACACUCACACAAACCAGCUUCUACUCUUUUACUUUGCUGGUGCUAUCGAGAUAUUUACUGUGUUAAUAGUCCUGAUCUCUUAUGGUUUCAUUCUGUCAGCUAUUCUUGGGACACACUCUGCAGAAGGGAAACGAAAGUUCUUCUCUACAUGUGGCUCUCACUUAACCGGAGUGUCCAUUUUCCAUGGAACUGUUCUUUUCAUGUACGUGAGACCAAGUUCCAACUAUGCCUUGGAGCACGACAUGGUGGUGUCCGUAUUCUACACCACUGUGAUUCCCAUGCUGAACCCCGUCAUCUACAGCCUGAGGAACAAAGACGUCAAAGAGGCGAUGAGAAAAGGGUUGGGGAAAAACCAGUUUAGGUUUUAA